AUGGCUAAUACAUUCAGACUGCUCCUUGCAGGUCUAUUCACAUUCUGCGCCAUGAUUUUGGCUGCCAUUUCAUGUGCAGGUUCCACAAGUGCUUAUGUUCCAAUCGAUAGAAUUUACACUUCACAAAUUAGUCUGAAAAACUUAGAACAAGCAGUUAUUUUUCCAAAUAUCAAAGAUAAUUCAAUCUUUAACAACUUACCAUCUUAUGUCAAUGUUGGUUUAUGGUCAUUUUGCGAAGCUGAUGCCAAUGCUAAAGUUACCAAAUGUAAAACUCAAAGUGGCAUUCAAACUUUCAAUUUACAACAAGUUUUAUUCGAAUUAAUCGACUCUCCAGAAUUAACUUCAUAUGCCGAUGUCUUAUUACCACAGAAAUUACAAGAUAAAAAAGGUUACUACAAUAGAUUAGUCACUUGUAUGUUCGUGUGUACUUUAUUAGGUGUCCUAAUCAGCUUUUUAGCUCUGAUCAUUAAUAUUGUCAGAUUAUGUGCGCAAACUAGAGUUUUGACUUGGUUAGGACGUUUCCUUUCAUUAUGUGCUUUCUUUGCCAUCUUAAUUGCUGCUGCUACUAGUUCUGGUACUUAUAUUUACAUUAGACAAAUCUUAAACAAGAAUGCUGCCGAAUAUGGUAUUAGAAUGAGAUUAGGCGGUGUCUUUUAUGGGUUAAUUUGGGGUGCUUGUGGUUCAUCUCUCUUGGCAUUGAUCUUUUGGGGUAGUGUUCGUGAUGGUCCAUUGGGCUGGAUGCGUGGACGUCGUGGUAGCCCAAUGCCAAACGGUGGUGCUCCUGAAAAACGUUUGAUAUUAUAG